ACCGUCUGGCAUAAAGGGGAGGCUGCAGGAGGCAUAAAAGAAAUACGUUAUUUAAAAAUUAUCGCAACCGGUCUGCGGCUGCAGUUUCUGCGUUUAGCUCUUUUUUGUGUUCGAGUCCGAUUGAUCAGCGCAGUUAUGUCUUAUCAAGGCAAGAAAAAUAUCCCACGUAUCACGAGUGAGCGCAUGCUGGUAAAAGGAGGAAAAAUCGUGAAUGAUGACCAGUCUUUUUUUGCUGAUAUUUACAUAGAAGAUGGUCUGAUCAAGCAAAUUGGUGAAAAUCUGAUCGUGCCCGGUGGGGUUAAAGUUGCUGAUGCCCAUGGACGAAUGGUUAUUCCUGGGGGCAUUGAUGUCCACACCCGUCUGCAGAUGCCCGUCAAAGGGAUGACAGCAGCUGAUGACUUUUUCCAAGGAACAAAAGCAGCUCUGGCUGGGGGCACAACUAUGAUCUUUGACCAUGUGUUGGCAGAGCCUGGAAUUAGUUUGAUCACUGCUUUCGAACAGUGGAGAGAAUGGGCAGAUAACAAGUCCUGCUGUGACUACUCUUUGCACGUUGAUAUCACAGAAUGGUAUAAAGGUCUUCAAGAAGAGAUGGAUUUCUUGGUGAAGGAGCAUGGUGUAAAUUCCUUCCUUCUGUACAUGGCCUACAAAGACCGCUAUCAGCUCUCUGAUGCCCAGAUGUAUGAAGCCCUGAGUGCAAUUCGUGAUAUGGGUGCCAUUGCUCAAGUUCAUGCUGAGAAUGGUGACAUUAUUGCUGAGGAACAACAGAGGAUUCUUGGACUAGGUAUCACUGGACCUGAAGGCCAUGUUCUGAGUAGGCCAGAGGAGGUUGAAGCAGAAGCAGUAAACCGGGCUAUCACUAUUGCGAAUCAAACCAACUGCCCACUCUAUAUAACCAAAGUGAUGAGUAAAACUGCUGCAGAUAUUAUUGCCCAAGCCAGGAAGAAAGGUACUGUUGUGUAUGGGGAACCGAUUACUGCAAGUCUAGGCACUGAUGGGUCGCAUUACUGGAGCAAGAACUGGGCUAAGGCAGCUGCUUUUGUGACUUCUCCACCACUGAGUCCUGAUCCAACCACGCCAGACUAUCUGAACUCCUUGCUAUCUUGUGGCGAUCUGCAGGUCACUGGCAGUGCACACUGUACUUUCAAUACAUCUCAGAAGGCUUUAGGCAAGGAUGAUUUCACGCUGAUUCCUGAAGGUACGAAUGGAAUUGAAGAGAGGAUGUCCAUUGUUUGGGAUAAAGCUGUGGUCUCUGGAAAAAUGGAUGAAAAUCAGUUUGUAGCGGUGACCAGCACCAAUGCUGCCAAGAUUUUUAACUUGUACCCCAGGAAGGGGCGUAUUGCAGUGGGAUCAGAUGCUGACAUUGUGAUCUGGGACCCUGACAUUGUCAAGACAAUUACUGCAAAGAACCAUAGCCUGGCAGUGGAGUACAAUAUUUUUGAAGGAAUGGAGUGUCGUGGGGCACCCUUGAUUGUCAUAAGUCAGGGUAAAAUUGUCUAUGAGGAUGGCACGGUGCAUGCAUCAGAAGGCUCUGGACGCUUCAUCCCCAAGAAACCAUUCCCUGACUAUGUAUACAAGAGGGUUAAAGCAAGGAGCAAGUUAACUGAACUGCGAGGAGUUCCCCGGGGGCUCUACGAUGGUCCUGUCUGCGAGGUUUCAGUGACGCCCAAAUCCGUCACACCUGCUUCCUCUACUAAGACUUCACCUGCCAAGCAGCAAGCACCGCCUGUGCGAAACUUGCACCAGUCAGGAUUCAGUUUGUCUGGUAAAUGUGCACAGGUGGAUGACAAUUUGCCUCGUCGUACUGGCCAACGCAUUGUAAUGCCUCCUGGUGGUCAUGCAAAUAUCACAACGCUUGGAUGAACAUCCAUUCUGCUGUGGUGUUGGCAGAGCCAUCAGCUUUUUUUCAUUUUUUUUUAAGAGCCUGUGACGGUUACUGUGGACAAAUAAUCCUAGGUUUGUGUAACAGCCCUCCCCCCCCCACCUCCCAGUAUUAUAAUUAUCACCAAGAAAACAAAUGAAGAGAAAUAUUCUCAUUCUUAAAUCCUGCACAGCAUUAAGACACAUAGAACAUUUAGUGAUGAAAGAACUUCAGCACCCAUCUGGUUUGUAGGAGAUAGGAGUGGUUUCCUGGGACUGUAGAUUGUUGUAGAAUAGAGUUGUUGCCAAUGUUUAUUCUUAAGCUGCAUGGUUGAACAGUGAUCAGGUUCUCGCAUGAAGAGGAAUAAGGUGGCCUCUUGACAGUUACUCACUUGACUAAUUAGGCCGCUUGUGAGAGAGAGAGAAAUUGAAGUAUCGUUUGUUAUCAUUGUAGCAGAGUUCUAAUUCAAACUCUGAGAUGGUGCUGUUUACUCAGUGCCAGAACAUAACUUCCUCUCUGUUUAUACUCUAAAGUAAUAAAUAAUCAUCUACAAAUAUUUAACUGUAAUACUUCUUGAAUUUGUUGGGUUAAACCUUUAUUCUCAAAAAUGCACACUUAAUAUAAUUUUAAAUUUUCUGAUAAUGCAGCUGCUGAUGAAUUCGGUGUUAGGUUCUUCAGGGAAUAUUUUAUUCAUGGAAAAACUGGCCACUGGAAAUCUGAAUGAACAAGGUGUUAAUAGGUACGACAAGGGCUGAAAAUGGCAUGAUGCGUUGAUAUAAACUCAGUUGCAGCCUCUGAGGUGUCUGCUGUAAAUUUCCAGCAACAAGUGGCCUUCACUGUGUAUCUAGAAUACCAUUUGCUUGCCAAGUGUGAGUACCAAUCUGAAUUCUUAAGUGUAACUGUUGUGCAUGUGUGCGCAUAUACAUAAAAUACUGGCAGGAUUUGUACAGAGAAAUGUAAAGCCUCAAAUAUGUGAGGGAAAGGCUGAUAGUAAUCCUAAUAGCAGAAGAAUUGUCUUUUAAUGAUGAGGUUGUCCAACUACCAAGCUUGCUCUUCAUUUGAUCACGGGCUAUCAUCAUUGCACCACGUGUAGAUCUCUUCCUAGCUGCUCUGAGACAUUGUCCACUUGCCCAUCAGUCAGUAUGUCGUGUUGUUUUGCCUACGUGAUCUCAACAGGCUUCACUGUUGACUUCCUCUGUGGAAGCUCAAAAUGCAUUUUUCUUCUUUGAAUUGAUUUUUUUUUUCAGACUGCACACACUACAUGAGCUAGUAGCAUGUUCAUUUAUGACUUGCUUGAGUUUAGCACUGGAUGAUUUUAAUACAUAGAUGGGAGAGUUUGAAAACUUAACUGACCACAGUGACUUGAUGCUCAAAAACUCAUUGUAGUUUUGAAAUGUUGUCUUGAUGGCUUUUUUUGCUCCUCCAAUUCUGUGUUGUAUUCUUACUGAAAGAAGUACUUUGUGUUUUCAUGGCAUUCAUGUUGAUAAGGUUCUCCUGUUGUACUUUUCUUCCCUCUGCCAUUGUUGUGUUUAAUAAAGGUCUUGUGAUUUAUUCCAUAAGGGAAGAUUGAUAAAACAUCAUGGUUUACUGACAUGAACUGCUAAUAAAACAAUUACUGUUUAAAAUA